AUAUACAGAACUAAAUGCAGAAGUGAGAGGUAGAGUGGAAAACGUAUCUCAGACACCCAGAGAGAGAGAGAGAGAGAGAGAGAGAGGGGAAAGAGAAGCAGUCAUGGCUCCUUGGAUGAGGACCACCACGGAGCGGUAUGGCGUAGUAAUGUGGAAUUUCACUGGCCUUGGAGAGAAGCAGCUGUCUCUGGAGAUUGGGGACACGGUCCACAUCCAGGAGACCUGCGAAGGCUGGUAUAAAGGCUACCUGGUCAGGAACAAUGAUCGACAGGGCGCGUUCCCAUCCAGCAUUGUGCAGCUGAGGAAGGUCAUCAUUGAAAAGCGAGGGGAUCAGGAGGUAGUGUUGUCAGCAGAGAUGCCCCUAGUGAAGGAGGUGACCACCACUCUGAGGGAGUGGGGAAGCAUCUGGAAACAGCUCUACGUGGCCAAUAAGAAGAACCGUGUGGUGCAGGUCCAAGGGCUGAUGUGGGAUUUGAUGGAAUGGCGUUCCCAGCUCUUGUCUGGCACGUUGCCUAGCGACGAGUUCAAGGAGCUCAAACAGAAAGUCACCUCCAAGAUCGACUAUGGCAACAAGAUCUUGGAGUUGGACCUGGUGGUGCGGGAUGUGAACGGGAACAUGCUGGACCCGGAAAACGCCAGCGUGAUUAGCCUGUUCCGAGCCCACCAAGACGCCACCACCAAGAUCAACGAACGCAUCAAAGAGGAACAGUCCAACAUUCAGACGGACCACUCAGUAAUCUCGGCCCGGAUCCAGUCCUCUCCCACUCACAGCCUCUAUGUCUUUGUCCGGAACUUUGUCUGUCGGAUCGGAGAGGAUUCUGAACUCUUCAUGUCCCUCUACGACCCCAACAAGCAGACCAUCAUCAGUGAGAACUACCUGGUUCGCUGGGGCAGUAAAGGCUUUCCUAGGGAGGUUGAAAUGCUGAACAACUUGAAGGUGGUCUUUACAGACUUGGGUAAUAAGGACUUGAACAGAGAGAAGAUCUACCUGAUCUGUCAGAUAGUGAGAGUGGGUCGUAUGGAACUGAAGGAGACCAACACCAAGAAGUGUACCCAGGGCCUCCGCAGGCCCUUUGGAGUGGCAGUGAUGGACAUCAGUGACAUCAUCAAAGGAAAGAUAGAGUGUGAUGAGGAGAAGCAGCAUUUCAUCCCUUUCUUUCCGUAA